AAGGAGAGAGAGAUGGAGGGAGGGAGGAAAACAAAAACCUACCGUCCACAGUCUCCGCCGCCGCCGCCGCGCCCUCCGUUUGCUGCCAUGGGUUGGGGCGCCGAUAAGGGGCAGCUGGACCGUGAGCUGGGUGGAGCGGCGGCCGCUGCGCCAGAUCGACCGGGGAUGCCGCCCAAUCCGACCGAGCCGGAGGCGGCCGCAGCGUCGGCGCCGACCAAGAAGAAGUGGACCCUCCCCGGGAAGCGAGGCGAGAGCGCAGGCUUGGGGUUUUGGGGGUGGUUGGUACAGCUCGCGCGAGCUUUGUUGGUCUGACGGUGGUCGGUUUCCGUGUGCUUGUGCAGAUGAGGACGUGGAGGUGGUCGCGCUGUCGCCGGGGACGCUCAUGGCGAGCAACAGCCGCUUCAUCUGCGAGGUGUGCGGCCAGGGAUUCCAGAGGGACCAGAACCUGCAGCUGCACCGCCGGGGGCACAACCUUCCGUGGCGGCUGCGGCAGCGCGGCCCCGGGGCGGCGCCGCCGCUCCGGAGGGUCUACGUCUGCCCGGAGCCCGGCUGCGUGCACCACUCCCCUGCCCACGCGCUCGGGGACCUCAUGGGUAUCAAGAAGCACUUUUGCCGCAAGCACGGCGAGAAGCGAUGGGCCUGCCCACGCUGCGGCAAGCGCUACGCCGUCCAGGCCGACCUCAAGGGACAUGCCAAGAUCUGCAGCACCCGCGAGUAUCGCUGUGACUGCGGCACACUCUUCACCAGGAGAGACAGUUUCGUGACACACCGCGCGUUCUGUGAUGCUCUCGUGGACGUGGACAAGACCGCUGGCAGUGUGCUUACGGUUGAGGAGAAUGUGGACAAGGAUGAAAGUGAGACAUCUGCCGUGGACAAGGAUGAAAGUGAGACUUCUGCCGUAGCCAAGGUGGAUGAGCCACAGCCACAGCCGAUCCUGCCACAGGUGCAGCAGCCAGAUUUGGAUGAGCAAUCUAUGGAGGUUCCGGUGUGCGCUCUGGCGGACGCCAUGUUCAGGCUUCCCGCAAAGCUCGACAGGCUACUGGCCAGCCACGGCCACAAUCUGCCCCGGGGCGCCAAGGAAGAGAUACCUCUCAUCAAGCAAGAUCUGCAGGAGACGGUGGCGUCUGUCCAAGAGUACGAUGACUCGGGAGGGGACGGCCGUUCUAUGAUGGCCAAGUGCCUGACCAAGGAGGUGCGUGAGCUGUCGUACGACAUGGAGGACACCGCCGACCAGUACGAGCAUGCUGCCUGCAUAAGGAAAGGCAUAGCUCCUCGCCGUAAGAAGUACAAGGUCAGUCGUCGUAGGAGUAAGGCCACAUCGGGGCUUCAGGAGAAGCUCAAGUGGCGCCUAUGGAUGGCCAACAAGAUCAGGGAGCUCAGCUUGCGCUCGCAGGAGGCGCUUCGGCGGUGCAGCUUGUUUAACCACCUUGGUAGCAAUGUCAUCACUGAUCUUGCCAUUGGUGGCACCAGCAACAAUGCUUGUCCUAGACGUGUUGUGUCUUUCGGCUCUUGGCACCCCAUGCCGUAUGUCUGUAUGGAUGAACAUGUGAAUAAGCUUGAAUCAUUGCUGGGUAAGGAUGGAGAGCAGAAACUCAAGGUGGUGUGCCUGGUUGGAUCUGGAGGGAUUGGUAAGACCACACUUGCUAAAGAGCUAUACCGUAGAAUCAAAGGGCAAUUUGAGUGUCAGGCAUUUGUGCGGACGUCCCGAAAGCCUGAUGUUAGGAGUCUUCUCAGCAGCAUGCUCUCACAGAUUCAGCCACACCACUCCACUCACAAUUGGAAGGUGCAUAGCCUCAUUGCUGAUAUCAGGACACAUCUCCAAGAUAAGAGGUACUUGAUAGUGAUAGAUGAUGUAUGGGCUACACAAACAUGGGAUAUCAUUGUCAAUGCUUUGCCGGAUGGUAAUCUUUGCAGUGGAAUACUAAUGACGACUGAAGUCGAUGAUGUAGCUCUGAAAUGUUGUGGUUAUGAGCCUAAGUAUGUUCAUACCAUGAAACCUCUUGGUCACGAUGAUUCUAGUAAAUUAUUUUUCAGCACGGCUUUUGGCGCACAGCAUGAUUGUCCUCCAGAACUCAGUGAAGUUGCAAACAACAUUAUAAGGAAAUGUGAUGGCUUGCCACUAGCAGUGGUUACUGUUGCCGGUCUCUUAGUAAACCAAGGCAAACCAGAGCAAUGGGAUUAUGUGAAUAAAUCCUUAGGCUAUGGUUUGAGGACAAAUCCUAACUCGGAAGGGAUGAAACAAGUACUGAACCUUAGUUACAACAAUCUUCCGCAGCAUUUGAAGGCAUGUAUGAUGUAUCUCAGUAUAUAUGAAGAGAACUACAUGAUUUGGAAAGAUGACUUGUUAAAGCAAUGGAUAGCUGAAGGGUUAAUCCGUGCAAACGGAGAGAAAGACAUGGAAGAAAUAUCAAGGAUCUGUUUUGAUGAGCUUGUCAAUAGCAGAAUGAUCCAACCUGUACAUAUAAAUGACAACGACGAUGUUUUGUCCUGCACAGUGCAUCACAUGGUCCUUGAUUUUAUUAAACACAAGUCCUUAGAAGAGAAUUUUGUUACAGCGGUUGAUCAUUGUCAGACAACUGCAUGGCUCGCAGACAAGGUUCGUCGACUGUCUCUUCACUUUGGUAAUGCAGAGGCAAUGCCACCAACAAAUAUGAUACUAUCACAGGUCCGUACUCUGGCAUUCUUCGGGGCCAUCAAGUGUUUACCUUCCAUUGUGGAGUUUGGCUUUCUUCAAAUUCUAAUCCUGCAUCUUUGGGGGAAUGAUGAAAGCAUCAGUGUUGAUCUCACUGGAAUAUCUGAGCUUUUUCGGCUGAAAUAUUUGCAUGUCACAUGUAAUGGCACCUUAGAGUUAGAAGUACCACAUAACCAGAUGCGAGGUCUACAAUAUUUGGAGACACUGAAAAUAGAUGCAAGAGUAAGUGCAGUUCCGUUGGAAAUUGUUCACGUGCCUUGCUUAUUGCACCUAAGUCUUCCUGCUGAGACAAAUCUGCCCGAUGGUAUUGGCAGCAUGACAUCACUUUCCACCCUUGGAUAUUUUGAUCUAAGUGUCAACUCAAUAGAUAAUGUGCAGAGUCUUGGUGGACUGACCAAUCUCCGGGAUCUUCGGCUCACAUGUUCUACAGUUCCUUCUUCUUGUUUAGAGGAAAAAAUGGACAAUAUGGGCUUAAUUCUCACGAAACUCAGCAACCUCAGGUCUGUAACUCUGGAGUCUUCAAGUAUUAUGGACAGUAGUGGACCUUCCACCAUUAGCAUUUCUUGUGAUGGCUUGAGCAGCAUUUCCUCUCCUCCGGUGCUUCUUCAGAGAUUUGAGUGGCUGCCGUGCAUUUGCUCCUUCUCCAGCAUCCCCAAGUGGAUUGGACACCUCAACAAGCUCUGCAUUUUAAAGAUUGGGGUUAGGGAACUGACGAGCAAUGAUGUUGAUGUUCUUGGAGGAUUGCCUGCACUAACUGUUUUGUCGUUAUUUGUCCGAGCAAAGCCUGCAGAAAGAAUUGUCUUCACUAAGAUAGGAUUCACGGUUCUCAAGUGCUUUAAGUUCAGGUGCAGUGCACCUUUGCUGGGAUUUGAGGUGGGUGCAAUGCCUAAUCUCUUUUUUUUUUUUUUUUUGAAAAGGAGGAUGAGCCCUCGGCCUCUGCAUCAUGAUGAUGCAUGCAGCCAUUUUAUUUAAUCGCAAAGGUUGAACCGUAGUGCAAGGUACAUAAACAGCCAGAAGUCUACCGAAAAA